AUGUGUUUAUUGACGGAUUCCGUAUUUUUUUUUUUUUUUUGGUUCUUUUCUUCUCUUAUUUGUUGUCUGCAAACGUGUUAUGCGUUGAGGGAGGUUCCGGUGGAAAAGAGACAAUUGCCGUCACUGAUGGGUACCAUAGAUGACAUUACGGUUCGUUCCUCUCCCCCCUGGAUAGAUGUGGUGGUUUCCAUUGCGCCAGUGGAACUUUUCGACACAGGGGAGUUGGCACUUUUGGCUGUGCACCCUGACGGGUGUGUCACGGCGUGGUCACCGCAGGAUCCGAGCGUUUUGUUGAUGCGAAAGCGACCGAUGAAGGCGUCAUGUGUUGCUACUGCCCAUGAAACUGUACAACACAGUGUGCUAGCAUGGUUUGGUGGAUCAAGCGCUGUUUACUGCUACCGCGUCCGUCGUCGGGGAGGUCGGUACGUCCACCUGCAGCUUUUGUACAAACUGCGGCUGGAUGGCACUGUAGUGGUACGGGAGUUGCAGACCGACGGAAAUUUGCUCGUUGCUGUUAUCAAUUCUGAGUCUCCAAAAGUGUUCUUUUGGCCCACCAUUGGUUAUUUAGCCAAUGCCAAUGACCCUUAUGAGCAAGCAGCGCGUUGCUUUUCCCGUUGCAUAUUUGGUUCACCGGAAACAUUCUCGGAUGCAGCGCUUGGGAAUGUGUCAUCGUUGCUCAUGACGGAAUCGACGGUUUGGAUCGGAUGCACGAGUGGUGCUAUUUUAUUACUAGAAACGAGGGAUAUUGGAUUAGAUGCCACUCCAUCCUUUAGCCUUCGAACAGCAGGGGCGUGCCCCGUGACGGCCUUGGCGUUGCUAUCACAUCCCCCACGCAAAUCCAUAGUGGUAAGUGGAUUAGAAAAUGGCGAUAUCAUUCUUUGGUCGGCGGGGGCGGGGGCUCAAAUUGGACAGUACUUUGUGCAUGUUGGCGCAAUCUGUUCCAUGGCGUAUGUGCCGUGGUGUGGGGGUUUGUGCACUGUCAGUACUGCGCGAGAGGUGUUCUUUUGGGGAUGGCAAGAGUCACCCGAUCUUUUGACAGUUAUGGAGCGUGGUGUACUUGACGAUGAUAUGGGUUCAACUGCGGUAAGGUGCUUGUGUCCCAUACGUGGCACAUAUUUGCUGGCGUGUGCGGCCGAGACAUCCCACAUAUUGCAUUGGAUGGCACAAAGCACGACGGACGCCAUGGUGGGUACGCUCUCAACGAUGUUACCUGUUAGUUCCGACGUCCUGCAUGUGAUGCCUGAAGAAUUGCAGGAUCCCGGCGUUGAAUCCCGCCCAUGGCAGGAAUGUUACGUGUCCGACGAGGCGGAUCAUAGAACUCUCCAGCAAGACGCGCUCGUCAGUAAAACAGAUUCCUACGGGCUUCCGACAAAGGUGGGAGAGGUUGGAGAAGGAACUUUCCAACAAAGCACGCAGCCUGCGGCUUACUUGCAAAUGCCGGGCCAAACGCCUGAGAAGAGUCACGUGAUAGAGACCCUAGCAAUGCAACUGAAGGCAGCGCAUCAGCAGCGAAAGGUGUUAUUUGACACGCCGCAUAAACUAGAAAUGGAAAGGGAAAAAACGAGGGCAUUCUGCGAAGCGGAGUUAGUCCCUCUAAGGGAAGCGAACAUGGCGCUCGUGAGUUCCACUAAAACAUUGAAAUCAAAAUUAGAUGGCGGGAAUCAGCGGUGUUUUUCUCGACGCACACCGAAAGAAGACAAGAUGGUGGGCACCAGCGACCACGCGUCGGACCACCAAGCCCUACUCUCCAAUGUUUCGCAACCAGAAAGGACUGUCCAGGCACCAUCACGCUUUAUGAGUUUAUGCACGGGUGAAAAGAGGGAGGAAAAUGGGACAUUGCCGGGGAUGAGUUGUGAUUUUUCGGGAACGGUGUCAGAACCCUUGCGCGACACUUUCAUGGACGGCCCAGCAAAGCAGUUAUCGUUGGCAAAUCAUCCGCCGUUGGGCCAUUACGUGACUUCACACCCGUUGCAUGAUGGCCCAAGUGAGUUGCUGCAAGAGACAGAGGAAAGCACGACUUCAGCGAGCGUUGUGAAUGCCUUGCUGGUGCAGCUUUCACUUAUGGAAUUGUUGUUGCGGAAUUACCGAGAAGCAUUUGUUUCAAGAGAUUCUCUCCAGAUACACUCGACAAAUAUUUUAUCGGAUUUUUAUUUAAUGGCACGGGAUAUUUUGGGAGGUGAAAUGGCGUCUGCAGUCGUCCAAGAGGCGUUACAAGGUAUGCCCCUCUCAAACGAACAUGAGGUGAUUCGUAAACUCUUUUUUACUCUCUUUCAUAGGUAUCGUGCCGCUGUCUCGCAUUUUCCUUCUAGAUCCAUCUAG